AGAUAAAGAGGAAGUUGUCUUAUGGAUGAAUACUGUUGGGCCCUACCAUAAUCGACAAGAGACAUACAAGUACUUUUCGCUGCCCUUCUGUGUAGGGUCAAAAAAAAGUAUUAGUCAUUAUCAUGAAACUCUGGGAGAAGCACUUCAAGGUGUUGAAUUGGAGUUUAGUGGUCUGGAUAUUAAAUUCAAAGAUGAUGUGAUGCCAGCCACUUACUGUGAAAUUGACUUAGAUAAAGAAAAGAGAGAUGCAUUUGUAUAUGCGAUAAAAAAUCACUACUGGUACCAGAUGUAUAUAGAUGACUUACCAAUAUGGGGUAUUGUUGGUGAAGCAGAUGAAAAUGGAGAAGAUUACUAUCUUUGGACCUACAAAAAACUUGAAAUAGGUUUUAAUGGAAAUCGAAUUGUUGAUGUCAAUCUGACGAGUGAAGGAAAGGUGAAACUGGUUCCAAAUACCAAAAUCCAGAUGUCAUAUUCAGUCAAAUGGAAAAGGUCAGAUGUUAAAUUUGAAGAUCGAUUUGACAAAUACCUUGAUCCAUCUUUUUUUCAACACAGGAUUCAUUGGUUUUCAAUUUUCAACUCCUUCAUGAUGGUGAUCUUCUUGGUGGGCUUAGUUUCAAUGAUUUUAAUGAGAACGUUACGAAAAGAUUAUGCCCGGUACAGUAAAGAAGAAGAAAUGGAUGACAUGGAUAGAGACCUGGGAGAUGAGUAUGGAUGGAAGCAGGUGCAUGGCGAUGUAUUUAGACCAUCAAGUCACCCGCUGAUCUUUUCCUCUCUCAUUGGUUCUGGGUGCCAGAUUUUUGCGGUGUCUCUCAUUGUUAUUAUUGUUGCAAUGAUAGAAGAUUUGUACACAGAGAGGGGAUCCAUGCUCAGUACAGCCAUAUUUGUUUAUGCUGCUACAUCUCCAGUGAAUGGCUAUUUUGGAGGAAGUCUUUAUGCUAGACAAGGAGGAAGGAGAUGGAUAAAGCAGAUGUUUAUUGGGGCAUUCCUAAUUCCAGCUAUGGUGUGUGGGACUGCCUUCUUCAUCAAUUUUAUAGCCAUUUACUACCAUGCCUCAAGAGCCAUUCCUUUUGGAACAAUGGUGGCUGUUUGUUGCAUCUGCUUUUUUGUUAUUCUCCCUCUGAAUCUUGUUGGCACAAUACUUGGCCGAAACCUGUCAGGCCAGCCCAACUUUCCCUGUCGUGUCAACGCGGUGCCUCGUCCUAUCCCGGAGAAAAAAUGGUUCAUGGAGCCUGCAGUUAUUGUUUGCCUAGGAGGAAUUUUACCAUUUGGUUCAAUCUUUAUUGAAAUGUACUUUAUCUUCACAUCUUUCUGGGCAUAUAAGAUCUACUAUGUGUAUGGCUUCAUGAUGCUGGUGCUGGUCAUCCUGUGCAUUGUGACCGUAUGCGUGACCAUCGUGUGCACCUACUUCCUGCUCAACGCAGAGGACUACCGGUGGCAGUGGACAAGCUUUCUCUCUGCUGCAUCGACUGCAAUCUAUGUUUACAUGUACUCCUUUUACUACUAUUUUUUCAAAACAAAGAUGUACGGCUUGUUUCAGACGUCAUUUUACUUUGGAUACAUGGCGGUAUUUAGCACAGCUUUGGGGAUCAUGUGCGGAGCGAUUGGUUACAUGGGAACAAGUGCCUUUGUCCGAAAAAUCUAUACUAACGUGAAAAUUGACUAGAGACCCAAGGAAAACCUGGAGCUUCGGAUCGAUGUUUCUUUUGCAGGUGGAACAUGCACAGCAAAAAAAAAAAAAAAGCGCAAGAAGAGAUGUGGGCUGUAACAGUGGUGCGUUGUGGGUCUUUUUCGCGGAUGGCUUAGAGUGACGUCUAUUCCCAUUGAUCCUAGGGUCUUACUGACUGCUUUCUUCCACUGUUCACAGCAAAUGCUUGGAUUUUAUGCAGUAGGCAUUACUACAGUUCAUGGCUAAUCUUCCCAAAAACUAGAUCAUAAAAGAUGAAAUAGACCAGCUCUCUUCAGUGAAGAGGACAAAUAGUUUAUUUAAAGCAUUUGUUCCAAUAAAAUAGAGGGAAAGUUGGAUGCUAAGAUUACAUGGCUAGCAAUCUUCCUGGCACUCAGUGUCACUACGUUAUUGAAAAAUAAUGUUCCAGAAAGAUUACCUUUGUCUCUUCUUUUUACUGCCAUCAUCAACCUCUUGUGGGACAUUUUUAUAUAUUGAAUCUGGGUUCUUUUUUGACUUUUUUUCCCCUGUCCAUUCAACUGCAUCCUUUUUUAAAAGAGAGAAUUAAAACAUAUUAAUUCCUGCAUGUAACAUAUCUGCUGUCAUCUUAGUUGGACCAACUCCCCAUUUAUUUAUCUUAAAACUAUCCAGUUGCAUCUUAAUUCCAUCCAAAGAAGAUACAGUCUGAAGACAAGAGGUGUACUCUCUGCAAUGCAGUUUACUGUACAGUUAGAAAGCAAAGUGUUAAUGGAGAAGAUACUUGUUUUUAUUAAACAUUUUCAGAUUUAGAUUGAACAACAUUUUACUGAAUGUCUAAAGCGAUUAUCUUUUUUCUCCCUCAACGUAGUCUACAUCUUUUUUGGCUUUGAAUGAAGGCUUUACAUUUUUAAAAAAUAUAUUAAAAACGUGAGGGGUGGGUAAUAAUGUGUAAAUAACAUUAAAUAAUGUAACGUAGGUGUAGAUUCCCAAAUGCAUUUGGUUGUACAGAUCGACUACAGAGUACUUUUUUCUGAUGAUGAUUGGUGUAGAAAUGUGUGAAUUUCGGUGGCUUUUGACACCUUGCCUACCAUUGCAUGAAACAUUGGGGCUUCUUCAAAAUUUGUGUGUCAUACUUAUUUUGGGAUGGGAGGUUGUUUUUUUCUUUUCUUUCUUCUUCCUUUUUUUCCUCCCCCGAGACUCCUCCAGGAGUUAAAUUUGUAAUUUAGAAAGAUUUGAUUUUGUUAAUCCUGUCUGGGACACUUAAGUAAGUCUGAAGCAUUACUGCUCUAGACUGUUAAAAUAAAAUUUCCUGACCAAAUUGUUUUGUGAGAAGAGAUGUGUUUGCAAUUUGAAAAUACCUGUUUGAAAGGCAAUACUACCGAAUGCCAUUUUUACAAAGAUAAAUUGUGCUUUUCUAAUACAGGGGGCCCACACUUUACAGUCCCCAAGCUUGCUUACUUGUGCUUACAUCUAGAUGCUAUCUAGGAAGUCAAUGCCAAGCCCUUCUUGAAUUAAACUGUGGCACAAAAGUCUGUUCAGGUUGGUGUACUGUGUGGAUGGGCUAAAAGUGGUCAACAACUAAAGGUUUCAGUUUUCUAAGGAGAAGUAUUUUAAUUUUGAAUACAUCUUUCUAGAACUAUUCAUAAUGUGAAGCUUUCCUAGGAACGUUGAGCUUCUAGUUUAAUAGUUUGCUAUGCAAAUGACCACCUGAAACAAUGCUGUAUAUUGGUAUUUUUAGAAAGACUCCAAACAGCUGUAUUUAAACCUUAAUGUGCAACUCAUGCCAUUUAAUAGUUAAAACAGUAUUUAUAAAAUAUGUUUCUAUAAAUUGAUGGGCUCCAUCUCCUGUGUGGCAUGUGAGACUGGAAAGCUGCUUUCUUAACUACCCAAGUGUGGUUGAAGAGAAGAAACAGCAAUUGGACCAGAAGCUGGAGGUAAAUCCUCCUCUUAAGCCAGAUGGUCUAUGAAAUGUAACGUUCCAGUUCUUCCAUUUUUUUCCUUCCGUCUCACCUGCCCUUAAGAUCUUAUAAGAAACCAAAAUCAACAUUUAAUUGCUUAUAUAACUUUUUACUUCAUGUAAGGUACUUUUAACAUAAAACACAUUGUCUGAUGGAUUGUAAAUUGGACAGCCAGCUUUUGUCUUAAUAAAAUGAAAUUUGUUUCUCACGGUAGGAAUCUUGCAGGUAAGAUGUAGGGUUAUUAAUGAAUGUGCGGUGUAGCUGCUUUCAGGCGCACCAGUUCUUUCUACGAACGUGAGCACUGAAAUUCUUUGAAAUCUGUAGUGAAAAAAAAUGUUGAUUUUUAAAUACAUUCAUAGAAUUCCAUUAAUUUCCAGGACAUCCUGGAAAGUCCUUUAAAAAUAACAUUUUGGCUAGGGGUCGGGUGAAUGUGUAUGUGUGCAUGUGUGCCUGCACGUGUGUGUUAUGAAGAAAGCAAUUCACAAAUGGUUUGGCUUCAUAGCACUGAGCUGCUGAGUGAACUAGAAUAUGAUUUAGAGUUAUUAAAAGGUGGGAUUUUUCCACCCCAGUCAUUCUGUGUAUGCCUUUUAUUUGCUAACAUCAUUUACUCAGUGUACCAACUGAUGUUAUGAACACUGUCCACAACUAACUAAAGGGUGAACCUCCCUCGUGUGUCUAAGCACGUUUCCCCAGAAAUGCAACUGCACUGGUAGUUAACGACAUUAUCCAUUAUCCUGGUACCAGAGGAGGUUGAAAUGGAACUGAGCCUGGACAGAUGGUAAAGCAAUCUUUAGUAUACCAUGUUGGGUGCCUCGAUUGUACUGGGUUUUGCCCGUAAAUCAUGUGCCUGCCCCUGCCCCUGCCCCUGCCCCUGCCCCUGCAGUCAUAGAAUUCAUUCUAUUGUGUUAACACCUGAACCUAGUGGUGUGCCGGGGUGUUUUCCAUUGCGAGCAGAUGGACCUCUUUUUAAAGGUGGUUGCUGCAAAUAACAUUUCUUCCCAUAGCCACUUUAUUUAAGGUUUGUCCACACAUUGUAUUCAUUUUGAUAAAGCUUUCCUUUUCUAAAUGUUCAUUAACCACCGUAUGCCAAAUGUCAUUGCAAAUAAAUGUUAUUAAAAUAACGUUUUGAAUGCUUAACAAAUGUAAAAAAAAGAGACAGAAGUGUAUUCAUGUAAUUUGUUCAGGAAAAUAAGUACCGAAUGGCUUUGGUAUAUUAAUUCCAGGGAGAUGAAAGCCUAUUUGUAAUCCAUCAGGGUUUAAAUUUCGGUUGCAGUGUGGCUUAGCACUUCAUCCUUUUGAUUUACUGCAAUGUGUAAUUAAAUAGGCAUAGUGACAUGAAAACAUUCUCUGAUGUUUUUUAUAUUCUAUAGUUUUUAAACUAUAUUUUAGCAACCAAGGUGUUAAAAGGCCAGAGAUAUGAAAAUUUAUUAAAACUGCUCAGUUUGGACAUGUGUACAUAUAGAUUAGACUAGUUAGAAGUAGGCUAGAGCAGAAAGUGAGCCACCAAAACUUUCUAUCAGGUUUUCAGUUGGUAUGAGGAAUAGCUCUAGAACCAUACAAGCAUGUCCUAAGCCAUUUGAUUUGACUGUUUUAUUGGAACUGUAGACAAAAUCAAAGUGAAGUUCUUUCACUGGUGCAAAAAUUGCCUGUGUUGAAGCAUUGGUGAAGUAAGGUUGCUGAAAAUAAAAUUACAGCAGCCUGCUGCUUGAUACAAGCCCCUUGUUGCGUGUGUACCCUAAUGAUCAGUUUAGGUCCUUUGAAAGAAAGACAUUUAGGCAAGGAAGAAACAGGAGUUUUGUUUGAAAGACAACAUUGCAUCCUGGGAAAAGCGCUAGCACUGUCUCACAUGGGCUUUUCAGUCGUGUCAGACUUGCCUCCGCCCCCACCGAGCACGGACAGUCGUUGGCAGGAAGGAAUUGGAAGUCAUUGGAAGGAAACAGUUACUGCUCAGUGGUGACUUCCGUUGUGCACUCACCCUGGUUUGAGCAGGCCAUCUUCCACCUGCCUUCAGUCAUAGGAAUUCAUUGAAUACUGUAUCACAUACCAUCAAGGUUCUAAUCUAGUCUGUUACCUAACUGAAAUUGGAUUUUUGAAAAGUAAUAAAAAAUUCAAUGUA